AUGACCUCUCAGCCUGCUACCAAUUUGAAAGCUGUGAAAUCUAACCAACCUCAAUUAAUCCACUCUUCAUCUCAGCAAUCAAUUGCUGCCUCUGACGACUACUAUUCCUUUUCUGACAUUUCGCAAACUUCAAAUCAUAGUCGAGUCACUGUUGUGCGAUAUGCGACCCCGCCAACUCGGAGAUCUUCACCUUCCCCCAAUAUGACUAUGGCUUCUCGGACGGGGCAAGACAACAUGGCAAUUGGAGCUUGUAACGGCGAAGCUGGCCCCGACUCCGAGAAAAUCCGGAGAGGUAGUUCAGGGGCACCAAAUGCUCCAGAUGGCACCAGGAUAGGAGAUAAUGGGACGCCAACCCCCGGUGUGGAUGAUAUGCCAUACAUCAGGUUUGCCAUCGAUCAAUUGACCCGCGACGAAGAACUAGUUGGAGAGGGACGACAUGGCUCGUUUGUCAGCACGGAUUAUCCUGUUGAACGUAUCAUUCCCAACGAAGGUCUGGGAUAUUAUACAUCUACUACUGCAGAGCCAGUGGAGCAAACAAAGAAGGAGCCUCAAGAAACAAAGAAAAUUGAACAUCCAGUGUCAAAUAUGCUUACUCCCAUAACUCCGCCCUCAAAUGGCUACCAACACCCGCGGCUUAACUUUGUUUCUCUCGCACUCAGGCCUCUAUCACUUUUGCUGCUAACUACGGCGUGUCUCUCCAUGGUAGCUGCCCUCAUAUUCUGUAUCCUCUGGUCGCAACGGCAUGGGGGCUUGUGGGCAUAUGAUGGGCUUGGUGGCUCACGAUAUUUCGUGUUCCAAUUCCUACCACAGUUACUAGCCAUUUUCAUUACGAUUUGGCUAUUCAUCAUACAGUCCGCGGUGUAUCGGAUUCUCCCCCUGACAAUUUUAGCCUCGAGCAGCGGAUCGGAAACUGCCUUGCAAAGCAUUAAGAUAUUGUCUCAUAAUUUUCUCCUUCCGGAUUUAUCGCUCUUCCAACACGGUGAAUGGUCGACCGGCACGUUCCUUGUGAUAUCAUGGAUGGUUAAUAUUUUUACCGUCCCACUACAAAGCGCCUUGUUUGUAGCUCGUUUUUAUACACAGGUUGGUGGGGGAGGGUUUCGAUGGACGACUUCCUGGGGCGUGGCUGGGACAUUGAUUGCUCUGUAUGGGCUGCUUACCAUUGCCCUGCUUGGACUUAUGUUUCGAUUCAACUGGAGGGUGAGCGGACUUCUGUGGGAUCCAGUUUGCCUCGCCGACAUCAUCCCCCUGAUACAAAGGUCCAACGCUCUAGGACGAUUUGACAAGAAGGAGAUUUCGCAGUCAGUCGGGAAGGAUCUCUUGCCUCAUAGACUGCGAUUGGGAUAUUGGUCUUCAGGUACUAACAGCAAUGAGAUAUUAUAUGGUAUCGGGGAAGAAAACGUUAUUAAGGACCAAGAGUCUUUUGAUCAGUCACACCAUCCAAAGCGACAUUCUGAAACAUCUGUCCCGGAUAAUUUGGACAUGGAACGACAAUACCUUUACAGUAAGGGCUCCUUUGAAAGAAACAUCCACUCUCCAUUCGUUCGAUAUCGCUGGACCGUGUGGUUUCUCAAGGAUACCUUCGUGGUAGCAUGGAUCGUCAUCGCGUUUGUCCUGAUGAUUGCAUUUAUCCUCGUCAGUUUCGUCAAGCAGCCCAUCAGAGACGGGUUUGUUCCUCUCUUACCUACGUUGCCCUCAUCGACCAGCUUCUCCUCAUCCAACUUCUUAUACGGUUUUAUUCCUUCUCUAAUCGGAAUAAUCCUCUUUCUCCUCUGGCAACCCAUCGACCAAUACUUCCGCGCUAUCCAACCAUUCUGCGACCUGUCUUCCCCCAACGGCGCGCUUGCCGAAAAGAGCCUCCUGUUAGCCUACCCAUCCUGUUAUCCAUUAGAAGUUACCUUCCUCGCCCUCAGCGCUGGGCAUUACAAAGUCGCAUACAUCUCCUUUAUGAGUUUGGCCUCUCUUGCCAUCCCCGUUCUCGCAGGCGGCGUCUUCAUGGCCCGUUUCUACACCAAGCCCGGCGAAGUGCGUAUCUCCACCUACAUGCCGGCCUACUACACCCUCAUGGUCUUUGUGAUCAUUUACGCUCUUUCAUUUCUCAUCCUCUGGCCUCGCAAUCGCUACCUCCCACAUGCCAUCUUCACAUACGCGGAUAUUAUUAGUUUCCUGUACCAAAGUCCCCUCUUGUCGGAUAAGGUAUUGCGCGAACCCAGGACGAAGGCAGACUUGGUGAUGAGGGUCACAGUUGCGCCGCCAGGUGAUGAUGGUGAAAAGGCGCUCUACGUUUUUGGUAUCUACAAUGGUUGCGACGGCCGGGAACAUCUUGGGAUCGAUCGGCUGAGGAGAAUAGGCCAGGUUGAGAUGUUCGUCGGACUGAAUGACGGCAGUGAGGUUGUGUAA